AUGUCAAUAUUAUUUAUUGCAAUCCUCGUAUUGCUCCUAUUAGCAUUUUUUUUCAUCUUCAUAUAGCCAUUAGUACCAUUGCUUUUAUUGAAACUUAAGUUUGGAGAUAAAGCAAUUAUAAUGUUUUAUCCAAUUUUUGGUUUUGUUGGCAUUUUUAUGAGGUCUAUAAAAACCAACCAAGAUGUGAUGAAAUCUAUAAAUGAUGCCCUUAGAAAUAAUCCAAAAGCAAAGAUCAUCCUUUCAAAUUUUCUAAAUAAACCUUGUAUAAUGUUUGCAGGGACAGAAUAUCUAAAACAAUCUUAUUAAGAUCAUGAUGAUUUUGAAAAACUAGAUCCAUUUAUGCUACCUUCCUUUAUGCAAAAAGGAUUAGCAAUGAGCGAAGGGGAAAAUUGGAAGAGAUAAAGAAAAUUUUUGGCCCCUGCUUUCACCUUUGAAAAAUUAAAAUCAAGAUUGCUUAUGAUGAACCAAGUUGUCGAGGAUAUUGCAGAAAAGGAUGAUAAAACAAAUUUAAAUGACUUCAUGUCUCGAAUUACUGGAGACAUUGUAGUAAAAAGUUUUUUGGAAAGUUAGGUGAAGGGUUCAAACUUGAAGGAAAGGAUGCAUAGAUAGCUCUCACUGAUUUAACAGGAGAAAUAUCUUUGAUUAUGAUGGAUAAUCUAUAUGCGUUCAUUAAAUCUUUAUUAUUUGGAGUAAAAACAUGGUCAAUCUUGCCAACCAAAUAAGAAAAAGAUGUAGUGAGGCGAGUUGAGAAUGUAAGAGUAAAACUGAACGAGUUAAUCUUGAAAAGAAUAGAAUAAUUAAAGGAAAGUCCGGUCAAAGAUUAAGAUAAAAUGGUAUUCUUAGAUUUAUAUGUAACUGAAUACUUAAAAUAACAAACUUAAAAAGAAUAAUCGAUAGACAUUGAGGAAAUAUUACAUCAAUUCAUAACCCUGUUCUUUGCUGGUACUGAUACAACAGCCACUGCUUGUGGAACUUGUUUAUAUUAUUUAGCUAAAUAUCCAGAGAUUCAAUCUGAAAUCCUAGAAGAAGUANCAAUUAAUAUUACAUUCGAUAAAGUUCUUAAUAUAUAUUUGGGAAUAAAUUAGCAUAAUCAAAACACAUACCAAUCAGAGAAAAUAGUAAUCUUAAAUCUUAAUAUUCUUUCCAAUAGUUAUUAAUCUAAUAAUUAUUUCAUUACAAUCUAAUUAUACUAUAUAAACAUUUACAUUAUAAAACUGUAAAAUGCCUAACUUUAAAAUAAUAAUAAAUUUAAUGUCAAUAUUAUUUAUUGCAAUCCUCGUAUUGCUCCUAUUAGCAUUUUUUUUCAUCUUCAUAUAGCCAUUAGUACCAUUGCUUUUAUUGAAACUUAAGUUUGGAGAUAAAGCAAUUAUAAUGUUUUAUCCAAUUUUUGGUUUUGUUGGCAUUUUUAUGAGGUCUAUAAAAACCAACCAAGAUGUGAUGAAAUCUAUAAAUGAUGCCCUUAGAAAUAAUCCAAAAGCAAAGAUCAUCCUUUCAAAUUUUCUAAAUAAACCUUGUAUAAUGUUUGCAGGGACAGAAUAUCUAAAACAAUCUUAUUAAGAUCAUGAUGAUUUUGAAAAACUAGAUCCAUUUAUGCUACCUUCCUUUAUGCAAAAAGGAUUAGCAAUGAGCGAAGGGGAAAAUUGGAAGAGAUAAAGAAAAUUUUUGGCCCCUGCUUUCACCUUUGAAAAAUUAAAAUCAAGAUUGCUUAUGAUGAACCAAGUUGUCGAGGAUAUUGCAGAAAAGGAUGAUAAAACAAAUUUAAAUGACUUCAUGUCUCGAAUUACUGGAGACAUUGUAGUAAAAAGUUUUUUGGAAAGUUAGGUGAAGGGUUCAAACUUGAAGGAAAGGAUGCAUAGAUAGCUCUCACUGAUUUAACAGGAGAAAUAUCUUUGAUUAUGAUGGAUAAUCUAUAUGCGUUCAUUAAAUCUUUAUUAUUUGGAGUAAAAACAUGGUCAAUCUUGCCAACCAAAUAAGAAAAAGAUGUAGUGAGGCGAGUUGAGAAUGUAAGAGUAAAACUGAACGAGUUAAUCUUGAAAAGAAUAGAAUAAUUAAAGGAAAGUCCGGUCAAAGAUUAAGAUAAAAUGGUAUUCUUAGAUUUAUAUGUAACUGAAUACUUAAAAUAACAAACUUAAAAAGAAUAAUCGAUAGACAUUGAGGAAAUAUUACAUCAAUUCAUAACCCUGUUCUUUGCUGGUACUGAUACAACAGCCACUGCUUGUGGAACUUGUUUAUAUUAUUUAGCUAAAUAUCCAGAGAUUCAAUCUGAAAUCCUAGAAGAAGUAAGGGAAGUAAUUGGUGAUGCUGAUGUAAAUGAAGAAAAUUUAAAUAAACUAACUAAAGUUAAUGCUUUAAUUUAAGAAGUUUUAAGAUUAAGGAAUCCAGCAUUUGUUACUCUCUUUAGAACAGUCAAACGUGAUAAAUAGGUUUAAGAUAUUAAACUUAAAAAAGGGUGGGCGUUAGUACAAAUGCAUAACGCCAAUAGUAUCUUAGAUUAGCAUUAUGAUAAUGCUACUGAAUUUAAUUAUAAAAGAUGGUUAAACAAAGGGAAUGUAGUUAAAAACGAUGAUGGAUACAUUCACAUUCCCUUUACAGCAGGACCAAGAAAUUGUAUUGGAUAGCAUAUGGCUUUGAUGGAAUCAAAGAUUAUUAUAGCAUUAAUUGUAAGAAAAUAUAAAAUAUUGUUAAAUCCGGCCGUUUAGUAAAUUAGAUUUGGAAUUAAAUUCUUGUAAUGUGUUGAGCCAGACAACUGUUUAUUAUUUGAAAAAAGAAUUUGA